AUGUCAAUAAGAGAAUUAAAGGCUUUAGAAGAAAAUCAAAACGGAUUGAUUCCAGUAAAUGCAUUUUUUUCGACUAGUAAAUCAUCCUCAGUUGCUACUCGAUUUGCUUCUGGUGGCACUCAAGAUAAUCCAACAGUUAUUUUUACGAUUUUUAUAGAUUAUCAUGUUCAUGAUCAACCGUUUGCUCUUAUCGAAAGUUCGAGUAAUUUUGCCCAUGAAGAAGAAAUAUUGUUUUCAAUAGGUACGAUAUUUAGAAUUGAAAAUGUUGAACUAAUGAAUGAUACUAUUUGGUCUAUUGAGUUAAAAUUAUAUAAUAGGGACAAUUUAGAACUAAAGCAACUUAUCAAUAGUUUUGAGGAAGAUAUAGGUAAAACAUCAACACUUUUCGAUCUUGGUACAAUAUUCUCCCACAUGGGAGAUAACGAUAAAGCAGAAACAUACAAUCGAAUUUUGCUUGAACAAUUGCCACCGAAUAAUAGUUCUAUGUCAAUAGUUUACACCAAUAUUGGUGAUACUUAUUUAAAUAGAGGUAGCUAUCAGAAAGCAUCAGAAUAUUAUGAACAAGCUCGAUCGAUAGCGUUGAAUCUCGAACGAGAUUUUCAUAUGUGCCUUGCUUACGUAUACGAUUCGAUCGGUUUGUUAAAUGAUAGAAUUGGAAAGUAUGAAGAAGCAAUAGAAAAUUUUAAAAAAGCGUGUGAUAUUAAAUUAAAAUCUAUACCAGAGAAUGCUCUUUUUAUGGUAUCAACAUAUAACAAUAUUGCAAUGGUAUACAGACAUAAACUAGACUAUGAAUUUUCACUAGAAUACUACAAUAAAGUACUUGGUAUUGAACUCGAAUCAUUACCAGAAUUACAUCCCAAUAUUGCUGCAACUUACAAUAAUAUUGCAUUACUGCAAAAUCAAUUGAGCCAUUAUGACGAAGCAUUAAAUAACUAUACAAAAGCAUUAAGCAUUGAACAAAAAUCAUUACCAUCGAAUCAUUAUAAAAUUGGAACCACCUAUAACAAUAUAGCAUUACUUUAUACGAAUACUAAUGAUCAAAUAAAAGCUUUAGAUUAUUAUGAAAAAGCAUUGACUAUGUUUUGUAAUACUUUAGAACAUGAUCAUUCAACUAUUGGAUCGAUUUAUGAUAAUAUGGGAGACGUGCAUUAUAAACUUGAAAGUAAUGAUAGAGCUAUGGAUUAUUUCCAAAAAGCACUUGAUAUACGAUUAAAAUCAUUUCCAAAUGAUCAUAUCGAUCGUACAGCUACAUUAAAUAGUAUAGGUGUGAUUUAUUUAAUUCAAGAAAAUUUUACUGAUGCACUUAAACAUUGUGAACAAGUACUUGAAAUACAACUGAAAUCAUUUCCAGAUACUCAUCCGGAUUUAGCUGCAAUGUAUUUUAAUCUUGGUAGAAUUAAUUCAAAACUAAAUCAACACAAUAAAGCAUUACAAAAUUUUCAAGCAUCUCAAACAAUCAUGAUCAAAAUCUUUAAAGAAGAUAAUCAUGAUCUUGAAUUAUUAUAUUUUAAUAUUGGUAAUACUUAUCUCUUACUCGAAAAUCAUCAAAAAUCAAUUGAUAAUUAA